AGGAAACUUUAGAGAUGUUGAUAAAGGACGUUGUGAGGUUUUCCUCACAACAUCGAACGCUUUAUUGUUAUCUGAUUCUGAGCAUUUGGAUUUUCUUGAUAGUAGCUGGAAUGUACAAAUAUAUGGGUGUCUCUGACCCGUCAAGCAAUUUCAUGACGACAAAUGGUUUUUAUGCGUCUGAUGCGACGAUGAGUAGCAGCAAAAAGGACCAAGAAAACUACAAACGUCACAAAAUGCACGAGAAGGACUGCAAUCCGACGGAAGUUAUCAGUGCGGGAGACGAUGGCGGGGUGUUGGAAUCGUUUUCGCUGCAAGGCGUUUUGUUGUUAACGCGUCACGGCGACAGAGGUCCAAUGACUCAUGUGCGAGGGAUAAACGACGUCGAUUGCGAUCAAGACGGAGAUACGUUGCUGAACAAAUAUCGCACUUUUGUGCAAAAUCUCACGACAGCCACGAGCACGACAAGCGGAUUGUGGCAGAAAAUGGGAAACUUUCAUGGGUUUCCGUUGCUCCCACCGACGAACAAGGCGUGUUUGCUGGGGCAAUUGACGAGUAAAGGUGUCUCUCAGAUGCUGAAAAUUGGCGAAAUCAUCAGAAACGCUUACAUGGCGCAACUGAACUUUUACCAGAAGAACGGCGUGUUCAAUCGUCAAGGCAACACAACGACCGAAGCAACGCCCAUUUACGAUCCCGACGAAAUAAUCAUCUAUUCGACGCGUUAUCGUCGCACUUUUCAGUCCGCCAUGGCGUUGAUGUACGCUUUCAUCCCUUCCGAUCGCUGGCACACGUUGCAGAUACAAGAAGCGCACAGUUACAAUUAUUGCUUCUCGGAUUGCGCGUGUCAGAAGGCAGAUCAACUGCAAAGUGCAAUCGAGAAGAACCGAAAUGCCAAUAUGGCACAACAUCCAGCGGUAAAUGCGAUCGUUCAAUGGGUUGGAAGCUCCCUUUUGGAGAAUCCCGCACCAAAUAUCAACGCAUUGGAUGUUCGAGAUGCCGUUUUAGCGCUCGUGUGUCACGGAGCUCCGUUGCCAUGUCGUUUCGCGAAGAAAGAAACCAACGACGACAACGAAAAUGAGAACAUUGGAGGCACAAGUACCGUCGUGAGUGACGCUGACGUCAUCAAUAUCGAUCAAGAUGACUCCCAAGCACCCACGGGAAGCGAAAAAUCCGACGAAACAGUCGACGAUGUCUUGGAUGAGAUUGACAACGAAGCACCCGAAGGAUGCAUCGACCAAUCGCAAGUCGAUACAAUCAUGAGUUUCACGCGGUAUCAAGGCACAAAAGACAUUCGUUCCAAAGACAAUCGUGACCUUGGACUUCUUCGUGCUUAUGGGCUCAUGCGAGAACUAAACGCCGCCAUGUUGCGAAUGAUUUCCGGCGAUAAAGUGAAAUUCGUGCUCUAUUCCGCACACGAUCGGACAAUCCAGAAUUUGGCAUCGGCUUUGGGAGUUUUCCUCGAUGUCCCUUUUAUCCCGUAUGCCACGCGAAUGAACUUCGAAGUCUACAAAAGUGAGAAAGAUACGCAAUUUUACUUCCGUGUCGUGUACAACGGACAAGAUAUCACAAACCAAAUCUCCUUUUGUGAGGGCGGAAGAAGUUUACGGGUCAAUCGUGGCAUCAGAGGAAGCAAGGCGGAUCUGUGUCCCAUCGAAAACAUCAUCAGAUUCAUCCACGACGACUACUUUCAGAACAUGAAUGCGACAAACUUCAAGGAUGCGUGUCAAGUGACGACGACAGCUCAGCGAGAAUACUUAAAUUUAAACAAUUAUUAGACAAAUUUUUAGGAUUAAAUUUUUAAUGUCUUCUUCACAUACAUAUCAAGUGGAAAAAAAACCCUCACAUCCACGGGGGAAAACGAUACAUAUCAAAUCAUCUUAAAAGUGAAUUUUUUAGAUUAUAAGAAAAAAAAAAUAAAUAUAUAUUUAUUAGAUGUUUAAGGCACCAAUUGUACAGAAACUGC